CGUCGAAACCUUCAUUUAAACGGGCGACGACGACCCCAAGCUUCACACACUCCGUCUCUCUCCGGGCUCUCCCUCCCCCUCUCUCUCCCUUGCUCUUGCUCGCCAAUGGGGGAUGGAGCGAAGGGUACGGUCACCUCCCUCGACGCCCUCUUCCCCGCGAAGGAGGCGUCUAGGGCGGCGCGGCGGGUGGAGGAGGCGAUCUCCGAGCGCCGCGGCGAGCUCCGCCGCCUCCGCGGCUUCGCCGCCGACAACGCAGCCCUCGUCUCCCUCGUCCAGAAGCUCCCCGACGAGCUCUCCCACGACAUCAUGGUUCCGUUCGGUGGCGCCGCUUUCUUCCCCGGGCGCUUGAUUCACACUAAUGAGUUCAUGGUGCUACUGGGGGAGGGAUAUUAUGCGGAGAGGACGGCGAAGCAAACGGCGGAGAUUCUGCGGAGGAGGGGAAAGGAUUUGGAAGCUCAAAUAGAGUCGUUGAAGGCCACUAUGUUGGAUCUUGAGGCCGAGGCUAAGUUCUUCAAUUCCACUGCUGCUGAAGCUGCUGAGGGUCUUGUAGAGAUUAGGGAGGACUAUGUUGAAGAAAAUCAAGAAAAGGUGUCUGAACCAGGUUCUCCAAGUUCUAAGCAUGAAGACAGUUCAGAUAAACCCAAUGAUAAAGAUGAGGAAUAUGCUCGAAUUAUGGCAAGACUAGAUGAACUUGAAAAGGAAGAGAGCGAGGCUGAAAGUGAACUCGAAAAGGAAGAGAGCGUGGCUGAAAGUGCUUCAAGGGAUGAUGAAGAAGAAGAUGAUGCUGGUGACGUUGAUGCAGCACCAAGUGAUGAGCAUGAGGAUGAGGAUGAAGUUGAGGAUGCUGUGGGAAGUGAUGAAGAUGAGGAUGUCAGUGAGGACGAUACAUGGGGGAAUAGAGAGACAAAGAGCGUGCUACAGAAGACGAGGGUACAGGAAAUGUUAGAUUUAACUGCUGCAAAGCCGCCUGCUGACUAUAAACAAGUUCAUGAAAAGGCCGCUAUUGUGGAAACGAAAGUGCAGUCUGCUGCCAAAGCUGUUUCUUUUAACCUUGACAACGAGCAGUCACAUGGUCAACAGAAGCCUCAUCCAUUGCCACCAGAAUCCAGAUAUUCUGCUCAAAGAACAGAGGGCACUUUGGGAAGUACUUCAAGCCAAAUUCAAAACAUAAGCUCAGCUGGCCGCAAGGCCUUCACAGGCUCCGUAAUUGAGCAUGACCAUUGUCUCCCGCCCAUUCAGUCACCCAAUAUUACAUCUCUAGAGGAGCCCUCGAGUUCAAAUCCCUCGAAACGGGUGUCCAGAUUCAAGAUGCAGAAAGGAAACCGAUGAUGCCAAACAAGCAUCACAAGUGAUUGGGUUAUAUGGUGAUUGAUAUGCUUUCUUUUUCCUCCCACCUCAGGAUUGCAACUCUAGAAGACUAUAUUUUCGGUUAUGCCGAGCUCGGAGCUACAUAGAAACCAAGUCCAGAAGACCGAUACAGUCGUCUAACCAUGAGAAGCUGAAUUGUGCAUGAAUCAUGAUAGAGGCAUGGUGGGUGAUUAAGGAGCAUAGCAAAACUAUGAAAUCACAGUUUUGUCCCAGUUCACCGCUAAUUUUGCAUCUUUGCAUAUGUUUAGAACUUUUUAUACGCCGAUAAAAUCUAUCCCGACUGUGUUGAUAGUAUUUUUGUAAAUUUCAGCUUCUCUAGCGGCCAUCUUUGCCUGUCAUAAUCUGUUUAUAAUAUUCGUCGAUGCCCAUCUCGUUCAAGACGCUUGUUUGAGCCGGUCUCUAUUUGACCUCCGGCCAUGUGAAGUUUCUGCUGAACUUCAUGAUACAGCGCAGGAGAGCUUGAAACGGCUCUUUACAUGACUUUUCAUGCGUGCACCACAUUUUAUUGGUAUUCAGUACGUUUCUACAAUUCUGGAUGCAACUUUAUUAUAUAUAUAUAUGUGCCUUUUCAAAGAGAGCACUGCAAAAUUUUUGACUCAUUCUCCUGUAAAGAGUAAUAAAAGGUUGGAAUUGUAUGCGCCAAUUUGUUUUA